UGUACUUUGAUACAUUCGACGAGAUAAGGAUGUCAAAAUUUCCUCGCUUCAACGGUAUUUGGUUUGACCAUGUUUGAAUGAUUAGGAGGAACUUCUGAAAACAAGUAAACGAUUGAUGCCUUGAACUAGAAUCCUUGUUUAUUCCCUCUACUGUGGUGUUUUUGUUAAUCGGCUACUAAUGGAGAGAACAGUUGCAAAGAAAAAGAACAACUCGUGGUCAGUGUCCACAUGUCGAAAGGUGUCCGGCCCUGUCCAAAGGGCUUCCUGCUCUUCCGUAAAGGUACCGAAAAACUGCAGCGUGAAGCAAAAAGUUAAAGAAACGUACAAGAAGAAAACAACAGUUGCUCCAAAAAAGUUAACAACAGUCGAGCAAUGGACAAGAAAAACUACAUUAUCUGCCAAACCAGCUGCUAAGAAAGCAAGUUCAAGUGGAUACAAACCGAAACCAAAGAAAGUAACGGCAAGUGCCCGAAGCAAGGUUGUAGUAAAUAAUACCAACAAUAACUGGAUUCAAGUCUGGCCAAGUGACUAUUUCUAACGUCUAUUUUUAAUGUAUUUGUUGUUUUGUGCAAAUUGCAAUCGUUAAAUGAAUACUUUUUAAUUAAAAAUUAAGUGUUUGAUAAAAAAUGAGUGUUUUAUUAUACUGCAAUAAAAUUUCAAAAAUUCCAUGAGCAA